GUCGGAGCGUCUGAAGCGCGUCCGAGAUGUCCGCGCUUUCUACCGUACUGUAGGUCAUGAUGUUGUGCUGUCAUCUUGCAAGGAUGCCCCACAAACUCCCAGCGAGUCAUUGAACUCCUCGCUGUCUUUCCACGUAGUUUACAGAGGAAACGUAAACGGGACAUUUAGGGUCGAGCCGCUCAGACGACCAACGCAGGACUAGUGCAAAGUAGGUAUGGUUGCUGAAUUGGCGGCGCUGGAGUACUCCAUCGUCGCUUGCUCCAGCUUCCACGAGGAGAACCACCCACAACAACUUGUUGCCCGGCAACGAGACCCGACCUCUGGCGGAUGGCAGACUGAGAGGUUUUGCUCGUAUCCACAAGCGCUGGUCAUUCGCUUCGUUGAAGGACCUUGUCGUAUUCGCAAACUCGAACUCCUCGUGCACCACUACAUGAUACCAACUCGCAUAGAGUUCCACAUAGGAACCUCUUCCACUUCAAUAGGACGCGCUUUGGGCUCUUCGACCGACAUAUCAUUCGACAAAUCACUUACCGUCAACUUCGAUCGCUUGGGAUAUAUCGCUUUGAGCGAUGGAGUACAGGUUCAAUAUAAGGCGCGGGAGCUAAAAUCUGUGCACUUCGAUGCCGAAGGAGAAUACCUGAAGAUCAUAGCGCACAAAUGCUACGUCAAUAGCCUGAACCUCUAUAAUCAGAUAGGAUUGCUGGCCGUCAGUGCCUUUGGGGAACCCAUCGUUAGCCAAUACGGAUCAGAUGUACUGAAUGAGCAACAGAGGAUUCUACUCGGGUUAGAUCCCCUAGUUGAAGCGAGCUUGAGGCUCCCUCACGGCAAUGAAAACGCUGCGCUCUGGGGUCUCAUCAACUCCUCGGUGACGGAACGUCGGAUACCUGCUGGGAAGGGACUCUCCUUCGAAGCUUGUAAUGAUGAAACUGUCACCAAAAUCAUGGCCGGGGUUGCGAAAGCCAAGCAAGCAGCUGUCAGAGAGGAGAGAUACCCAGAUGCCAAGCAACUCAAAGCCCUUCUAGAGAAAUGUCGGAUGGCAGCUGAGGAAGUGACGCACUUGAACUCUGCUAAAGAGAACGCAGUGAACUUGGAGGACUAUGACACCGCCGCCAGACUGAAGAUGGAUAUUGACCUCAUCAAGCGCGCCUUGGUCGAUGAAGCUUCGAAAUGCGGCUUGAACAUAGUGACGAAGGAAAUAGUUCCGACGGCCUCUCCGGAGAAGGGCAGAGAACCUUCCCAGCAUGGGACUCCGGCGGGGAGAGGAUCGUUACCGCCGUCUCCGCCCCUAUCCAAGACAGCCUCGCCACCCAAACGGGUACUUGAUCACCCCCCGAAUCAGUCGAACGCGAGAAUGGGUGAUGUUCGCAACCAAUUGUCGAAGGAAAUGUCUAUCGCAGCGAUUCUGUCAGCGCACCAAAAUGAUUUGAAGCAGCCCGAUGCACCACAACCCACCGGGUUCAGGUCAGAAGUGAGGGAACAUCCCGUGAAGGCGCUCGUCGUUCAGCCUACACCGAUCAGGGAAGAGACUCCCUUGCCACCUCCAACGGUAGCGCCGAUCAUGGAUGACCGACCAAUUCGACCCCUGUCGGCCAUGCCCCAACCGGAAACCAAGUCCACCGUCCCAAUCCGAUCGGGCUCCCCACCAGUACCAGCCGUUUCGAGAGCAAUGCAAGGAGGGCUAUCUCCGGAGCCCUUCCAGCCAGAGCUUCCACCGCUAGAACAUCAGCCAGCAGCUCCUGCAGUGCGAAAAGUCGCCAAGAAGCUUGUGCCGCCGAAAAGGGAGACCAAGCAAUCCGAGGUGGCACCACCGGAAGCUGCCCCAAAAAACGCAGUUGCGCCCGGUGGACCGCAUAUUCCCCCUGGGUUCGAACCGCCGGAACCCAUAGCGGCAAGGCUAGUGGCGGAUUUCGGCCUGCCAAUCGAAGUUUUUGGAACAGUCAUCAUGCAAUGUCUUCUGGGUAGGCAGUUCGGACUUCGAGAGUGGGCUAUGGAGCAGGUAGGCCAGCGGAUUCGGCAACCCGUGCCAGAUCCAUCGGUGGAUGGCAACACGCUCGCGGAGGCCACGUACGAAGUUAUUCGUUACUGCAUCGACGACAAGAGGGAAAAGUCCGUAAUGGGCGCCAUAAGUUUGUGGCAGAGACUGGCAGCCUUCUGCGUGGAUCAUCAUGUGCCAGCGGCCGUGAGUUUCAAGCAUUUUGACGCCCUGAUCCCGCUGCUCCUGGUCAAAUGCAGCGAUAUCAAUGCCCGCGUGAGACAGGCAUCCGGAGAAAUGGUCGUCACGCUCGCCAAAACCUUCCGCAAACAGCCAUAUAGCAUGUAUCCACAUAUCUUCAAACCCAUCGAGAAGAAAGACGCUGCGAACUGGAAACUCAUCAAAGCCCGUCUCGAGGUCAUACAAAGGGCGAUCCAGCCAGGAGAGAACGCUUUGAUGCCCGACCCGGACAGCGGCCCGAUCACUCUGCGCACACUGAUGGGCUUCACCGAGCAAUACCUGCAUCAUGGCAACGUCGAGGUUCGUGACGCCGCAGGGCGCAUCGUGGUGACUGCGAUGAAGAUUUGUGGCGAAGCUGCACCGAAGCCCUACUUGUCGAAGCUUCGACCGCAACAAAUGGCCACGUUGCAAAAGCUUCUUGCUGAGGCGAACGGGACCAAGGCCAAAAAAACAGAGAAGUCCCGUGACACACCCUGGGCGACGACCCAACCGAAAAAAGAAGCAGUCCCAUCUGCAGCGGAAGCUGAAGAAGUGGCUCGGUUGCAAUCGCAGCUCGAAACUUUGCGGAGUCUGGUAGAUGUUGAAGAACGGCGGGAACCUGUGCAAAGGAAGCCAAAACUUGGGAAAGGCGCUCCUUCUCCAAUCCUAGAGUCUGAACCGUCCUCCCCAGUCCCAACCAAGUCUAGUAUGCUGGGGCCGAAUAUAGCAAGGAAAGGUCCGCCAAAGAAGGCUCCUCUAGGAAAGAAACCGUCUGUGACCAAUGAAAGAGAGGAUUGGAACAUUGAUUCCACAUGUGUCUUUUGCGGCGAGCGAAGCGACGCUUUGGCUGAUGAAGACAACCUGGAUACGCAUUAUUGGGCGCAAUGCCCGAUGCUCAACAAAUGUCCCAACUGCAAUUCGAUUGUGGAGAUCCCAAUGUUACAACAGCAUAUGCUGGAAGAAUGUGAUAAGCGGGCAACUGUCAAGCAGUGUCCGAAAUGCAAGGAGGUGUUUAACGCCUCUGAUUUCGCCGCCCACUCCGCAAAGAAGCAAUGUCGAGCUCCCUCAGAACCCGGCACAUCCCGCUGUCCACUAUGCCACAAUCCCAUCCCCAGCGGCGACGCAGGCUGGCGUCAACAUCUGCUUCUCUCUCCAGGCGGAUGCCCAGGGAACAAGCGUAGACCGAAAGAUCCAGGCGUGUACAUACGGCAGAGCAGCCAAACCGAGCUUGUCAAGAUGCCAUCCGAUGGAGGGGACGGCGUAUCUGCGGGAGGGGUGGCGAAGGGGCAGGUGGAAGCGGAGCGGAAGAGUGAGAAGGGGAAGGCAACGGCUGCGACGGGAGCGACGAGAAAGUCGAAGUUGCCUCGAUUGCUUGGAGACAAGAGCAAAGGUAGCACAACGCGACGGUGAGAUGCUCACGUUCAUUGCCCAUGAGGGUUUGCCACCCAAUUACUCGCACAUAUGUUGGACUCCUUCGUCCGUGUAGGCGGGGUGAAAUCCGCGAGAUGUAGAUCAAUCGGCGUAAUAUGG